GGGACCGGUCGCGGCAUACGUAGCCGAGCCAUCUUGCUAGCGGCCGUCGAAUCGUACGCGUCUCAACAAAUACACUAAUUCGUAUUAAUUAAUUAUUAUUAAUAAUAUAUGUAUAUAUAAUAAGUUAUACAGUGCCGUGUUGUAGUGUAUCUGGUGCAGUGUUUGUUGUUGUUGUGUGUGUUGUUAGAUGUGGAUCGUGGAUGUAUAGGUGUAGGUGUGUAGUCAGCAGUCUUUGUGCGCGACAAUUAUCAUUCUGAUCGAUUCGUCCGCGCGGGGGUGUGCAGCCGGCCCGUUUUAUAUCUUUUGUUGUUUUGUAACGCUGCUAAAUCAAUAAUUUUAGUGGCUAGCGGCCAUCGCGUUCUUAAUUCGAACAGUUUGACGUUUAACGCUUUAGGUGUUUUAACGGUGCGCGAUCCGAACUGUUACUUUAACGAGGUUCUUUGUGAUGCUUUGAAUAUCCUACGGACGUACGAGAUUCUAUUAUUAAUAUAUAAUAAAGAUUGCUGUGACGGAUGCACUCUUCCAAGCAGUCAUCGUCAUGUGAGUGAGAGUGCUGUGAGAGUGGAGUGCAGUGCAGUGAUGAGUGUAGUGACGGAGUGCACCCGCACUUAUGAAUGAUAGCGGUUAUUGAAGGUGUGGUAUGGAUAAGGAGAACGGCGAGGAUCCGGCUGCGAAGCCGCCUCCUGAUGGCCUCCUCGACCCAUCAGGACUCUUCGGAGCGUACUGGGGUCGCGAGGGAGCGUCCGCUGCGCAGGCGCAGGCUCAGGCCCAGGCCGCUCUGUUUGGUUUCGGAUCGCGGUACCCCCCGCCCACAACACUCGGGGUCGCCGCUAACCAGGCCGCCUCGCUCAGCUUACACCCCGCAGCCAGUGCGGCAUGGUGGUCGAUGGCGUCCCACCUCGCGGCUCAGGAUUACCUGGCGCGGUUACAGGCAUCCGGUCUAAGUUUCCCACCACUCGGUGACCCCUACGCCGCCCUAUCAGCGCUCGCUGCCGGCAAGCACAAACAAAAGACGCAACGGAAUGACGGCAGGUCUGGCCGUGGGUCGUCCGCCAAAGAGAAGCCUCCAGCUACCAGCACCAGCUCUCAACCGACCAUUCCUGACUGGGGGUCAUCGUACGGAUUCCCUCCAUCAUCAACGCCGUCUGGGUCGCUGUCAUCGUUGGCGUCUCUCAACAGUCUCGCACAACAGCCACACUCCAAGCACAAGCCGCCCACUAACAGAAAAAGUUCGAGUGCCAGUAAAGAGAAGGAGUCAAGGGAUUUAAUGCUGGCACAUUCAGCGUAUCACGCAGCACUCACUAAGGGAAAGGGUAUGUCCUCGUUGUACCCGUUCGGGACUCCUGACAAGGACCGCCGCGGCAUAGAUUCCUUCACGGGUUUGCCGCACACCAUACUCAGUGCUGCUCUGGAAGGAGGCGAUCCCUCAUCAGUGCUGGGCGGGGUUCGGCUGCCUCCGGACACAGAGAUCAUUAAAUAUACCUCGUCUCUAGCGGGGCCCAAGCUCGCGCCGGGGUCGACGACCCGUGGCCGAAAGAAAACUAUCUCAUUGGACCCGCCGCGGGUGUCGGUGCACCCGGCGUCACCCGCCGCGCCGCCCACACCCAACAAGAGACAGAAAGUGGACGAAUUCGGCAACUCCCGUUCGUCGGUGGAGGUGAUCCGCCUGCCCAGCAAGCCGGACAGGAACAACGUGCCCACGCCGCCGCCCAACCUGUCGGACUACGCCGGUAUAUCACGGGAGUUACUACAAACUAUCGCCAGCCAGAGCGGAGUGAGUCUAGCGGCGUUGGAGAGACAGCUGCAGCCGGCUAACAACGAACCAGGUCUCAACCUGAGCACGAAAUCCGCGAACAACUCCGAGGACACGCCGCUAGACCUGGGCCUCAAGGACGAGGACACUCCGCUGAACCUCUCUCUUAAACCCACACCUCCGAACACUCAAGCCUCGGACGCGUUAUCCCGGCUCACUUCGUUAAGUAGUUCACUAAGUGCGUCUAACGACCGGAUAUCUCGCCGCAAGCCCGGGGCCAAGCCGCGCCGUGUCGCGCCUGACGCUCACGACUCGCCGCGACCCAAGUCCAGUGGCAGUGAGGAUAGCGAGUCUCUCCCAACAUGGCCGUCGAGAGAAGGUCGUCCGCGGAACCUCGGGAGAGGAGUCAGCAAGCCCAAGAAGAAUACCGUAGCGUCCCUCCUCGCCCAGAGCAGAGCCCUGGGACUCCGCCCCGCGCUCGCCCAGCAGCUCCUGGCGGAGACAGACAUAGACAAGUUGCGUGUUCUGCUGGGCGAGACUGCCAGCACGGACUCCGAGUGCCCUUCAGACUCGAACCCCUCAGACUCGGACACCUCGGACGGGGGCAAGAGAAGCAACGACCCGCAGCUGAGACUACCCCUGGCGCUCGGCUGGAAGCGAGUAACUGUCAUCAAGGGUCUGUCUCGUAACUGUAACAUAAAGGGGGACGUGAGCUACACGCCGCCCGAACCCAACACCGGCAUCACUAUCAGGACGGCGGACGAGCUGAACGCGUUCUUGGAGUCCAACCCCAGCGCGCCGCUAUCCCGGGACUCGUUCAGCUUCAGCGCCCGCGUGUUGCUGGGAGAGUACGUGCAGCACACACACGAGGAGCCUGUCGUCAUGACCGAGACCGAGAUCACUAAACGGUUAGAAGAAGCUCGAGCUUUGGCGGCCCUGAGUGGACGACCCACCCCGCCCCCCCUGGAGCGCCGCAUGGAGCUGGCGAGGAGGCAGCAGGCCGCCAGGGACGCGAGGAGAGACGGCAGAGGCAGGGACCAGGCUCGUCUAGUCAGGGAAAUAGAGAGAUCCGAGAAGGCGGAGGUAGUUAAAAGAGAAAAGGAGGCUCGGAGUGCACAGCUACUAGAGCAAAUCAACAAGAGCAGAUCGCAGCUCACGAUCGAGGCUUUGCCGCAAAAGCAUACGGACGAAUGGAAAAUACCAGAGAUCGGGCCGGUCGUGAAAAACAGAGACAAAACGAUGCCCCAGAUAAGCUUGUCCCUCAUACCGGUCAGCGGCCUGAAAGACAGCCCCAUAAAGACCCUGAACUUGGACCAGAACUGGAAAGGAGAACUCGAGGAGUACAAUGCGCUGGAUAAGAUGAAAGACUUCGCUGAGAAGGCGUCCUUCGACCUACCGAAACGUCCCAACGACAAAUACUUUGACUUCAGCCUGACCAAAACCCCGGACAAAAGAAAGGCUCCAGACAAAGAAAACAAUCUAGACAAACUUAUAGAAUCAUAUUCUAGGAUAACGGAGUUCAUAAACGGCUGUGAUUGGUCGAAAUUGAGAGGCGACAAAAAAGCCGACGACCCAAAGAGCUUGGAACAGAAGUAUCUGGACGCCAAAAACGAGUUCAUGUCACAGAACCUGAUGCUGAUGCCCAAAGACGGGCAGAAAUCGGUUCUGAAGGAAGUGAUAGAUCUCAGCGGGGAUGACGAUAUACUGAAAGACAUUAUAACCAAAAAGAUAAACAGAGGAACGUUCCAUGUGGGGAAAGACGGAGCUUUAUCGAUAUCGGUACAGCCGUGCAAGGACGCGAGUCCGGCUAAGAAGAGAAAACAAGAGGAGUUGGAGAAGCAGAAAAUGGAAGAUCAGGCGAAGAGGCAGCAGGAGAGAGAAAUCAAACGUCAACAGGCGAUGCUCCUUAAAGAGCAGCAAAAAUACAUAACGGAGGAAAGGGAAAGAAGACGACAGCACACAGCGUUCAUUCGUCAGCUGGACGCGAGGAGACGCUGGGAGGAUCGCGAGAGAAGAAAACAUCAGAAUCUUCUGGAUAGACUUCUGGCUAAAGAGAAGAAGCUGCAGCAGAGAAGGAAGGAAAUGGAAUUACUAGCUGAGUUAAGACGUCCUCAAGAAGACUCGUCUCUAUCAGAUCACAAGCCGCUCCCCAAGUUAGACCGUAUCCCAGGUCUUCGCAUCCCGGGCCAGGCGAUGGCAGACCUGUUGCAGGUGUACGAGUUCCUUCACAACUUCGGACAGGCGCUGGGAUUCGAAGUGGAGUCACUGCCUACACUGGACACGUUGCAGAUGGGUUUGAUACCGACCUGCAGCCAGGAGGCCGAGGACGAGCUGAUGAGUGUGCUAACUAAACUGCUCGUGGUGGCCAUCGAGGAGCCGGGCAUACCUCACCCGGGCCGCCACACUACGUUGCUCGGUCACGCGCUCCGCCUGGCUGAGCUCACCCCGGACACGCUCAGUGAGGUGCUCAGGAUAUACUUGUACGCUUGUGCCACCGCCGAAGUUAAAGCUCUCACUGGUCUGACCGUGGAGCGAGAGCGAGACCGUCGCGUGGCCGACCACCACCAGAGCGACGCGGAGAUGCAGAUGACCUUCGCCAGUAGUAAGAACACUACCUACUACGAGCACCUACAUAGCAACGCCACUUAUAAACUAUCUGAACUCCUCCGCGACAAGCCGUUCGCGUCCCUGCCUCCGUCCAGUAAGUGUCGUAUGAUGGCCCGCGUGUGCGACGAACUGCUCCAGAGCCGCUCGGUGUUGAGACAGCUGGAUUCGUCGCUCGAACACCUGGCACAGCUGCGAAGAGACCGCUACCUGCUGGACACUAGGAUACGCAAAGUACGUGUGCUACAACAACGGAAAGCCCGAGCGGAGGCCGCGGAGAGGCAACAGGCCGCCGCACUCGAUCGCAUGCACAGAAUGGUCGACGACUCACACACACACGCACACGAGACAGAAGACAAACCGGAAACGCCCAAAAAGGAAUCGUCGCCGGACAAACAGCACACGCCGUCGCCGUUCAAGGACGAGAGCGACAAGGAACUGUCCCCGCUGAAGGACCUCAGCAAGAAGAUGUUGAACAACAACAAGGACGAUGACGUCAAGGACAAGGAUGACGUCAUGGCCGACUGUGACGGCUUGCUGAGUGACCUGGAGAGCGAGGGCACGCAGCCCGAAGAGGAUGAAGACAAGAAUUUAUCUUCAGAGGAAUUAUCUAGAAAAUUGGAGAAGUUGUUGCGACAGUCCGAACAACAGUUGCUGGCCUUAGCUGCUGGUUCGCACGAGCUAAGGGCCACUUGCUACGGACAGGACAGAUAUUGGCGGCGUUACUGGUCGCUGGGGAAGGCGGGCGGCGUGCUAGUGGAGGCGCUGGAGUCAGCACAGCCCGAGACUAUUGAUUACCACGACCGAAGGGAACGGGCGGCGCUUGCAAAGGAAGACACUCUGAAUUCUGAUAAUCCUGACCCUGAGUCGGUGGAGGUCGACGCUGAAGCUGAAGCCCAGGAGCUGAGGAGCAUCAAGAACGAAUUGAACCUCAGCGACCGGACACAGAUUAUAAAAUAUGAACCAAACGUAACACACGGAGUCUGCAAAGUUGAAGGUUCAAUAAAGAUGGAAGAGAAGUACAUCCAACAUAAACAAAGCAACGAAGAAGAGGACAUGCUGGAUAUAGAAGACUCCAUACCCACGGCCUUCCUGGUGCAGAAGCCAACACACAAGCCCAUGUUCGCCCAACAAGCGGAACAGAUAGACAAACCCCAAGAGAUCGUGAAAGUAGAGAACAUCGUUAAGAGCGAAGCGGAACAAGAAGAAGAGAAAGAGAACACGGUCAACAACCUAGAAGAGUUGAGGAAAAUGGCGGAAGCCGUCUCCUCAGAGCUGAACGCGGCCAAGAAAGCGGAAGCCGAUAAAAUAGAGAUGGAAGCUAAGAUGGAAGAGACCAAACAGGCGGAGGUCGAAUCAGCUCACAGUGUACUGUACACCAAGAUGUUAGAAGGGAAAUGGUUCUCAAUACUCAGACACGAGAGCUCAUUUUUGAAUGACAUCAACGAUAAGCACGAUAUAGCGGUGUUCUGUGACAACGAGCACACGUGUUCGGAGGUCAUCAACUGUCAGGGUCACAAGUGGGACGUGUCCAACAAUUUACACCUGCUGAACGACCCGAGUCUGUUCACGUUGAACUCUAUGGUGACGAGCGUCCAGGUGCCGGCCAAUAACGUGUACGCCGACUCCAGCCUGACGAUGUCGGGCAUAGACCAGGACGAGUUAGACUCGAGCCUCGGCAAGGACGCCCAGGAUGUGGACAUGGAGGAGAACAAGGAACUGGAAACGGAUGUAGAUAAAGAGGUGCAAUCCGUAACUAAGGACAUAUCCCAAAAGACGAAAGCCUCCAACCUAUCAAGUCUAGGUCUUCUAAAUUUCAACGCCCUCUCAACCUACGUGACCUGCGACAGUCCUCCUCCCAUACAGAUGACGGCCGAUGAACUGGAACAGCUGGAGAAUGCUAAAAUUCACGGACUACCCAAAAAAGUCGAGGGCAGCUAUGUACCUAAGGAGCUGAGACACGGCUGGUGGCGUAUCUCCCGGCCGGAACAGCUCCAAGAAUUGCUGGAGGCGCUUCAUCCUCGAGGAGCGAGGGAGAGGGAGCUACAGGCAGCACUCACACAACACCCGCCCACUAUUAAUAACAAGCUAUACAUAGACCCCGGUAGUCCCCGGGCUCGCCUCACUACACCGGCCGACCUCUCCGAGGAGGGUUACCCUCCACCCGAUACUCCCGGGUCGUUUUGUGCACUAACCGCGCGCAGGGUGGAUAUGCAACUGUUAGCUAUGGUGGAAGCUUUAGAGGAGAGGGUCGCAGCGGCGUCUAUGCAGGUGAAGGGCUGGCGAGCAGCUCGUCUGGCGUUACCGGCGGCGGCCACGGGCGCCGAGAUCGUAGCGAGAGCCAGACACAAGCUGGCGUCGCUCGAGGCUCACAUCGAGCGACGGUACCUCAAGCCGCCGCUCGUACAGAGGUACGUGCCCGACGGCGGCCGGACCGCGACUGAGAGUUCAUCGGAAGUGCUGGGAGCAGCGCUCCAGGCGGACGGGACCGCGCAUUCAGAUGCACAGGAACACAAGUCGGAUAAGGGCAUCUCCCGCGGCCUGUGCGUUUGGCGAGAGGCGGUGUCUCGCUGCAACACGUCCGCUCAGCUCGCCAUGUUACUGCACGCCCUGGAACACGCCGUGGCCUGGGACAAGAGCAUCAUGAAGGCGAAUUGUCAGUUCUGUUUGUCCGGUGACAACGAGGAUCAGCUGUUGCUGUGUGACGGCUGCGACAAGGGCUACCACACGUACUGCUUUAAACCGCGCAUGGAGAAGAUACCCGACGGAGACUGGUAUUGUUGGGAGUGCGUGAACAAGGCCCGCGGCGGCUCCCGCGAGCGUGUUUGUAUCGUGUGCGGCGGCGCGGCGAGGGGCAGAGCCCUACCCUGUGCGUUAUGUGUAAGGGCCUACCACCUGGACUGUCACUACCCUCCGCUUACUAAGAUGCCCCGCGGCAAGUGGUACUGCUCGCAGUGCGCGUCGCGAGCGCCCGCGCGUAGGCCGAGGAAGGGGAAAAAAGAUAAGAACAAAGAUUCAGAUCUAGACGGAGCCAUGGUGCCGAGUCCCGCGGCCUCACACGCCUCGACGUCGACUACGGCCGAGGAGGGCGUUCUGCCGGCACCCGAGCCGGAGAGAGAUGACCCCGACACCGACGGACUUACACAUAACGUUUCAGUUGACACCUGCGAUGAGAGCCACGCUUCAGGUAACGGAGCUCUACUCAAUGACACCAAUUCGGAAGACCACGAAUCGGAAAACCUACCGCUUCUAUCCCGUGCCAAGAAAGAGAAAAACAGUGCCAAAAAACAACUCAAGGAUAUGCAAUUCUGCAAGAAUCUUCUGUGUGAGAUGGAAUGCCACGAGCACGCUUGGCCGUUCCUGGUGCCGGUGAACACUAAACAGUUCCCGCAGUACAGGAAAGUUAUCAAGUCUCCGAUGGACCUGUCAACCAUCAAGAGGAAACUCCACGAGUCCGGCUACAAAUGCAAGGAGGAGUUUGCUUCCGACGUCCGUCUGAUAUUCAGUAACUGCGAGGUGUUCAACGAGGACGAGAGUCCCGUGGGCCGAGCGGGACACUGUAUGAGGGAGUUCUUCGAGAGGAGAUGGGAACACGCAUAGACGCCGUGGCCGUGAACAGGAGGGUCGAUGACCGUGAACGCUAGUCGAUGACCGUGAAACUCGAGUCAUCAGUCGUGAACAGCGCUGCCAUCGACCGUGAACGACUCGUGUGUCGUGUAAAUAUUAAUGAUAUAACCUCGUCAGCCGGAGCGGAAGUCGUCGUGAUCAUAUCCGUACCGGUGGCGUGAGAUAUAUAUUAUUGUCAAAUUUUAACUGUAUCUAUCUCUGCCUAGUAACCGAUGUGACAAAAUAUUUUUUCAUAUAAUUUUCUAUCUUUAAUAACCUAGUGUUAGUGGACCGUUAUGUACGUCACUGCCAAAACACGCGUGUGUCGCGACUCACUCAACAUUAUUUAUUGUGCUCUGUGCAAGCUCUCGCUGUACAGACGAUGUGUUUUAAUGUAAUCUAUGGUCUAGGCGCUGAACGCGUCGGUUGAGUCUACUUCAGGCGCUGGUCGCCAUGUUUGUUUUUGGAUUAUGACUUUAUUUCCUUGGGCACAUCAUAUAGCAUAUCGAACAUUACUUUAACAUUCCCAACAAAAUGUAACCUUACGGCCUCGAGAUUAGGUCACAAAAUCGAACGGGACGGGCGCGUUAGAAUCUCAAACGUAAAUGUUACAAAGGACGCACAGAUCGGACUGUUUGUAAAUAUUAGUUAGUGACCCGCAGGACUCGCGGGUCUAGGGAGCUUAGUGUCGAUGUCGUUUCUGUAUCAUUUUUGUAAUUUUCGUAGCAACGAAGCAGUAUUCAUAUUGUCUGCAUUUUACUAAUCGAUUCCAGUCGUGUCUAGAUGUACGCAGGCGGGUACAGGCGGGUACAGGCGGGUACAGGCGGGUACAGGCGGGUACUCCGCCCUCGGCCGCUUCAGAUGUUUGUCUAGGAGCGACUGCCGGAUACUAGCGGGCAUACUCCCCGGGGCCGAUCUUCUAGCAUAGGAUAGUUUAGGCCUAAAUUCGUGAAAAAAAAUAAUAAUAUGAAAAAUCUCGAAUUUAUUCCUCUCGUAUUGAUAUCUCGUUAUAUUUAUGCUCUCAUAUAAUAUUUUAUUACAUUUUUUUUCGUGUAUUUCAAAUUUUUUUUUAUAUGUUUAAUAUUCUGAUUCUGGUCAUAAAGCGGUAUUUCCAUAAUAUUUUAUUUAUUUCGUUAAGUCUUCACGCGUUCCGUGUCGCUGAACAUUAUCCUAAGUCUCGCGAGCAGGUCGCCGCGUGUCAGUGCCGAGUCUGACGCGGCCUAGUUAGUCUCGCUGAUGUAAAUUAUAUAUAUGUAUUGUUACAGUAUUAGCCGGCCGCUCGCUCCGCGGGCGCGUGUGUAGGUAGCGUCUCAUUCCUAGCACAAACGUGUUCUCUAUCGAGUAUUUCAAAGUAUUACUUGUUCUACUGCAGCUUUUAAUUUUACUACACUGUGGUGGAAUACACGACGGGAUGGUCGGGACUUAAAUUAUUAUAUCUAGUUGUGUGUCUCCGCCGAGGUAUGUUUUUUGAAACUGAACUCUACUGCCAGUGAAUGAGGUCUGUGUUUGAUUGCGGAACGUAUUUCGGCGGCGCUCGAGGCGUGUCUGAGAAGUUAUAGUUUUAUGUGUGAAUUGGUUGAUUUUAAACUAUGAAAUGGAUAUAUGAAUUAUAUAUACGAAUAAAUAAAUAAUUUUUGAAGCA